AUGGCUUCUCAAUCUGUCAUCUCCAUCAACGCGAAGAACAUCACGCACAUCGACUUGACUGUGGACGAUGACAGUGACAGAUCUGACAACCUUCAAAGAUCAUCGCCGCCGCCGCCUGUCCGUCCCACAGACACUACUACUACCCAGGCGCGUUUUGCCCCCAACUUUGCUAUUGAGCGACAUCCAUCAUCAACCCAUGCACCUGUCAGCCCGCCCAAGAUAAACAGAACCUCAGCUUCCAUCACCGCCAUCCAGGAUAAGCAGCCUUCCACUGAGCUGCCACGUCCAUCGCCUCCCGUACUCAAGGUUGAGCAGAAGGUGACUCAAGUAAUUACUGCCCUCGACGAUGCCCACAGCAUGGCAAGGCUGUCUAAAGUGACAGCUUCCAACGUGGCAUCUCGUCAGGUGACGCCGGCACUUGAACAAGAUAUGGACACAUCAGCACAAGAGCCCAAGCCCAUGUCUCCUAAAUAUCAAACGCCCAGGAAACCCGAAUGGGAUGUUGCUUCUCUCGCUAAAAAGUUGGUCGAAUAUCGCCAGGAUAUCAAAAAUGGCCACAGCCGCAUGACUUCUUACAUUAUUGAAUCUACACAUCCUACAGAGCGACGCAGCCUCACUGGCGCCAAUCUCUUCGCUGGACUCACCAGCAAGUCUAUGCCAGCCAAGAAGGGCGAAACGAUGAAAAUCAAAUCCAAAGAGCACACUAAACCCAAGAACAAUAAACGGGAGGAUCACCACAGUGUUGUGCGAAUUCAAACGGAUGAAGAGCGUGUGCCGCGGUAUCGUUUUCACCAUGUGGAAAUCAAAAAGAAUAUUCUCACGCCCAACACGAUGCUGACAUUUGUACCCCACUUGAGGGAUCUCGAGACCUCCGAAGAGUACAAAUACAACUUAUGGCUACAGGAAUUGGAGGAUAUUGAUCGCAAAUCCGGUUUCAAACCCAUGAGCCGUGAAGAAAAGGUUCGUAUAACUGUACGCUCCGAAUUCGCCUCGACCGUCCUUCUCUACCUGGAGAGCUGGCUGGACAAGCUUUCAUUACCUGGCUGCGACAAAUCAACCCUUAUCCGCUACAUGGCAAGUCGCGAACCCGACAAUGCAAUCACGCCCAGACAAAAGUCGGACAUCUUGAAUUCGCAUCGCCCAGCUGGAUCAACAACCCCGCCCGGGGCAAACAGAGCUGCCGAUAUAUUUACCGAAGCAUUCCACCGCGUCUUCCAUCAGGGCCAACCCCUAAACAAGCAAAUUGAGCUUCGUGAUGUUCUUCUUUUAGAUGAAUCGGUUGAUAGCAUCAUGGAAACAAAACCCACAGCAAAGGACGUUUCUAGUUCGCAGAAACAAAACGAGCAUGAGGCCAUCGAGUACUGGUUGGGUACUUAUUCAAUUCUCGGUUGUCUCAUUUGCUUUAGUCAUUCUUGCGAACAUGGUGAGUAUGACGCGCAGAAUUGUAAACGCACCCUUUCGAUGCUUCCUCGCCUUUCAGAAACUCUCAAGCGGAGACGGCGCAUACCUUACGAGGAUAAGGAUAUGAUGAAUGGCCACUCACGCCUUUGCAAACGGAACUGCUAUCAGUCGUCGCCUCGUCCCGAGGCUUGCUCGGUUCAGCGGCCCUGGAAUGAAGAAGAACAGUACGUCUUGCGCAGCGCCGUCGCAACAACCGACCACAGCCAAGUCAAGAAAGACCCCUUCUGUUUAGUUGCUCAACUCCUUGACCGCGAUUGCAGUGGUGUUUUCAAUGAAUAUGAGCGGAUGAAUGUAUCGCUACCCCCAAUGGAGCCAGCAAGCAAAUUGCAAAUACGAACAGUCAAUUGGUACGAUCGCUUCAAGAAAGCGCUAAUUGGAGAUUGGGAGAAUCACACCAAAACUCAUGAGCAUCAGAAGCGCGAGCUUUCCGAGCACUGCUCUCACGAAGGCCCUUGUACCCUGGAAAGUUGUAUUUGCGUUCAGCAGAGUGUUCUUUGCGAAAAGUUCUGUGGAUGCACCGUGGAAAGCUGCGCUUACAAGUUCACUGGCUGUGCCUGCCACUCGCAGGGAAGAACAUGUCUCAGUAAACAAAAGGACAGGCCAUGUAUUUGUGUACAGCUGAACCGCGAGUGUGAUCCGGAUGUUUGCGGGACAUGUGGUGUACUGGACAGGGCCGAUCCUGAGAAUGCUGAUGACGAAGUUCUCCAUUCUACUGGGUGCCAGAACUGCCCCCUUCAGCGUGGCCAGGCAAAAGGCCUCGCUUUAGGUCAGAGUCAACUCGAAGGUGUUGGGUAUGGACUUUUCACGGUUGAGCCUAUCGCUCAGGAUGACUUUAUCAUCGAGUAUGUCGGAGAGUUGAUUACUCAUGAUGAGGGUGUACGACGAGAAGCCCGGCGUGGUGAUGUAUUCGAUGAAGAAUCCAACAUUUCCUACGUUUUCACCCUUUUGGAAAAUGAAGGCAUCUGGGUGGACGCUGCCACGUAUGGCAACUUGAGUCGUUACAUAAACCACGCCUCGGAGAGUGACAAACGCGGCUGCAACAUCACGCCUCGUAUUCUCUACGUCAACGGAGAAUACCGAAUCAAGUUUACAGCUAUGCGCGAUAUCGCAGCUGGAGAAGAACUCUUCUUCAAUUACGGAGAGAACUUCCCUAACCUGACAAAGAAGCUGCUCGACCAUAAGACGGGAGGGAAGUCGGGCGAGGGUAAGAAGCGAACACGACGCCCCAACGGAGAAGGAGUCGCCAGAAAGGCCCCAAAGACGGACAAGAAGAAGCCUGGAAAGGGGAAGAAGGCCCAAGAAGCCCUGUACGAAGAGGAUUUGACGGCGACACUUGGAUUCACCCCAAAGCCGUUGCGCAAACGUAAGAAGGGCGCCCUCGAUGAUGACUCGGAAGAGGAGGAGUAUCAUCCUACCGGAACAGAUGCAUCUCUCCUGGAGACACCAUCCGAUGGAGAGUCAGAUUAUGGAACUGGCAAGUCAUCGGCACCCAGGUUUCGAAAACGUCCGCGACAGGCUGUAAAGGCAGGUGUCUCGGAUCAAAGUGGCAAACCUCGUGCAGUUGUCAAAACUCGAGGCAAAAGAGGAGGAGCCAGACCUGGCAGUGGUCGACCCAGAAAAUAUCCCCGGAACGCCACUUCGGCCACUUCAGCCCCGAAGACCGCGACGACUAGGUUGUCGGUGUCGGUAUCGGUGUCGGAGGGAACAGAUGGAACAGAGCAAAAGGAGGAGCAAACGCAGAAACAAAUCGUGGUGCCAGACACGAUCGUGCGCCCGGUUGUGCCACUACGACCACAGUCUGAGGAAAUUAAUGAUAGCAUGGAAGAUGUGACGCUCACAAAGGAACCUGUUGAUGAACACAAGGGGCGCCGAAGUCAGUUGGAGGAAGACAACGAGGACGAUGAUAAUGAUGAUGACGACGACGACGACGAUGACCAAGACGUCGUGGUUCGUUCGCGCAUCGAUAGAGUCGCGAGGAAUCGCCGGCUGCCCGCCAAGUUGAGAGAUGAUGGAGAUUGA